UUUUUAUUAAAAAAUUUAGGAUUAAAAAGAAAAAAUAAAAAAUUGGUGAGUGACCCUUCUCCCUGAUCCCUAAUCAUGGGUAUCCGAUCUUCGAUUAUGGAUGUAAUAAAACUAUGGCAUUUGCAAGGAUUGAAGACGAAGAUGGAAGAAGGAGAUAUCCAAGUUAUUACGUGUAAAUUUGUGUGUUUGACAACGAGGGGGACGAAACUUCGGGACUCCUAAAUUUGAGGAUCCAACAAAGCUCACAACCAAAGAAAACGUGCCCCACAUUAGCAAUCCCAAAAUGAAAAUUUCCAGCAGUUUUCAAUCAGACAAUUCUUUCAAGAACCGAUUCUAGGUAAAGUAAGAAAUUCAUACAUGAUAUGCAUCUCCAACAUCAAUGCAUUUUUGUUUAUUUUAGAUUCCGUCAAUGGGUUUUAUAUCAAAAUUUCGAUUCUUUCAUUAAUUAUGUUCGUUUGUGUGCUCCGAAUCGGUUUAUAGAUUUUAUUCUGCUGGAUAUCGGACGUAGGAAGAAACGAAAUUUGAAUAAAUACAUAUGUAAUUAGUAUGGGCGCGAAUGAGAUCCAAAUUUUUGUGAUCAAAACCGUCAAAAAUUUGGGUGAAAAUUGUGCAUGCUGUGUUAAAAAAUACACAUUUCAUUAUUGUCUUAUGUUUUUCGCAUGCGUUUUAUUAUAUAAGUUUUUUCCUUCAGUUUUCAUCAUCGUAGACUUCGUAGUAUAUUCCUCCCCUGUAGUUGGAUUUGCAUUUCUUGUUCGUAGAGUAUUUAUACGUAUGGAACGUCGUCCAAAAGUUAAAAGCUUAGGAGCAAAAAGUAAAAGAUGGAAGGAAUUGCAGUCUCGUAGGAGAUUUAAGUCAUUGCAUCGUGUUCAUGUUCGCAAACAACAUAACAAAAAUAGUUUCAUGCAGGAUCCACCAAGUGUUCGACAAAAUUCCAAAGAGACAAGUAACAAACUUUACAACAAUAUGAGUGCCAAGGACAACAAAGACGUUGUUUCCUCAACAAACAAUUUGGUUGAUAAGAACCCAAAAGAGAUGCAUCAUAACAAGUUCGAUGAAGAGUACAGAAAAUCUAAUUUUGAUAAUAACGAUAAAGAUAAAACGAAAGAAAGUUUGGAUGUUGAUGAAGAGAAAGAGAAAGAGAAACAAGAUGAGCAUCGAAUCAAAACUGUUAGAUGGCUUGAUGAGGCUGAAAAGAGUCUAAUGGAUCUUGGAAUUUCAGAGGAUGAAAGAAGCAAAAGAUUAGAGAGUCUAAUGGAAAGAAGAAGAUCAAAAAAGCUAUCAAGCUUUCAAGUUAGAAGAACUGGAAUAGGAAAUACAAGCUGUGGUCAACUUUCUUCUCUCAAUAUCCCUAAAAAGAAUCCAUUUCUUUCAGAUAAUCCAGCUUCUCCUGUUUCAGCUCCAUCUUACAUGGUGAAAAGCAACCCUUUUGAUCUUCCUUAUGAUCCCCAUGAAGAAAAGCCGAUUCUCACUGGAGAUACAUUUGAAGUUGAGUUCAGAGCUACUCAUCAUAAAGAUUCAAGACAUGGGCCUUCUAGAUUAGGCAGUUUUGCACCUCCAAAAUUCACAAAUUAUAAAUACAAAACAUCUUUUCAGACUGAUUUUUCCAUCAAACAGUUACCCUCUGGGAAACUGGUCACUUCAACAGUUGAAAACAAGAAAGAUGACAACAAACAGGAUAAACGCGAUGAUGCUUCAAACCCUAAUCAUUCCACCAUUGAUAACAAUGCAAAAGAAGAAAACAAGGAAGCUGACAAGAAACAACCUCAACAAGAUGAUUCAAAAGCAGCUGAAAAAGUGUUUGACAUUCCCGAUGAGUCAAACAGAAUCUCAAAAAACACAAAAGAAAAGGAAAUUGAACAUGAAAAAAUCUCCAUUGAUGACUCAUCAACUUCAUCAUCAUCAUCUUCAUGUAGUGAAGAUGAAAAACGAAUGAUGAGACCAAACAAAGAAGCAAUCUUGCAUUCUUUAAGUAUGUCACGAAUGAGAAGCGUUUCACUUUCACUUUCACAAGGAAAGAGUUUUCAUAGACAUGCAGAAACAUUCGACUGUGGUCCAUCUUCACUGUUUGACAAGUCAAAAACCGAUUGUUUCUUUUUUGGGGGAAAUAAAAAAAUUCAUUACGCAUCAAUGAAUUCCAUUGCUUCUGAUCUGCAGGUGGAGGUUUCAGAUGUUGGUUCGCCUACAUCCACAUCUCUAAAUGAAAACCUGGUUGACUCAGUUAACUCGUUUGAUAUGGAUUUAAAUGAUGUAAGAUUGAGCGAUGUAGAUGAUUUUAGUGACCAAAGUUCAGUAGAAUCCGAUUUUUCAAGAACAGAUCAUGAUUCAAACGAGAAAACCGAUAGUUAUGCAAACAUAGAGGAACGGUGUACGUUUGAGAAGUUAUAGAGGCAACCAACUGAAGGCUAAGAACCAUGUGAAUCACAUGGUUUAGAAAGUGAUACUAUUAAGAGUUUUGAAGGAAGAGGUUGAUGAGGAAAUUUUAGGGUAAAUUUGUUUUAUAGCUUAGAUAUAGGAGUGGGUUAGUUAAUUUAUACUUGUAAUUUUGUUUCUUGUAAUUUAUAAUUGUAUAUUUGUUUUAUAUGUGCACAUUUGUCAAUGAAGUUGAGUCAUUGG